AUGGAAAGGACCAACUGGACAGAGAGUGAGUUCAUUCUGCAGGGACUUUCAGAGUACCCGAAAGCUGAAAAAUUCCUUUUCGUGAUGUGCUUGGUGAUGUACCUGGUGAUUCUCCUGGGGAAUGGCACCUUGAUCAUUCUGACACUCCUGGAUGCUCGUCUCCACACACCCAUGUACUUCUUCCUUGGGAAUCUUUCCUUCCUAGACAUUUGGUACACAUCCUCCUUCAUCCCUUCAAUGCUGAUACACUUCCUAUCAGAGAAGAAAACCAUCUCCUUCACUAAAUGUGUGGUUCAAAUGUCUGUCUCUUACACUAUGGGAUCCACCGAGUGUGUGCUUCUAGUAGUAAUGGCAUAUGACCAUUAUGUGGCCAUCUGCAACCCUCUGAGAUACCCCAUCAUCAUGGGCAAGGCACUUUGUAUUCAGAUGGCGGCUCUCUCUUGGGGACUAGGCUUUCUCAACUCAUUGACAGAAACUGUUCUUGCAAUACGGUUGCCCUUCUGUGGAAAAAAUGUCAUUAAUCAUUUUGUUUGUGAAAUAUUGGCCUUUGUCAAGCUGGCUUGCACAGAUAUUUCCUUGAAUGAGAUUAUUAUAAUGAUGGGCAAUAUAAUAUUUUUGUUUUCUCCAUUACUGCUGAUUUGUAUCUCCUACAUCUUUAUCCUUUCUACUGUACUAAGAAUCAAUUCGGCUGAAGGAAGGAAAAGGGCCUUUUCCACCUGUUCAGCCCACAUGACGGUGGUGAUUGUGUUUUAUGGGACAAUCCUCUUCAUGUACAUGAAGGCGAAGUCCAAAGAUUCUGCUUUUGACAAGCUGAUUGCCCUGUUCUAUGGCUUAGUCACCCCCAUGCUCAAUCCUGUCAUCUAUAGCCUGAGGAAUACAGAGGUGCAUGGAGCCAUGAGGAAAUUAAUGAGUAGACACUGGUUCUGGAGGAAAUGA